AGUCCAUGUCAGCAUAUAUAUAUAAACGGUAGAAGGAUAGGUUGGAAAAACCCAGUCAUAACACCGAUUUGGAUCAGGCAGCAUGACAUUCUGUCAAAACACAUCAUACACGUAUAUAUAGUUUCAUUCUUGUACCAGGAACUCUUGUAAUAUGUUGGAAAUCUUGGGAGUGCUACUACAAUACAUUGUGUAAAGGACUGCUUAAUGAUCAGUGGUGUCAAACAAUUUAAUGUUCUGAGGAGCCUGACACAUCACAUCCCUAGCCAUCAACUAGCAACGAUCUCUGAUGAACCUUUGAAAAUGGAAAACAACGGUCAUAUAGUCAAUGGUGUGGGCGAGUGCCUUGACGAAGAUGUAGACCUGGUUUUUGAGGAUGAAAAUAAAGAGACUAGAUGGUCAUCCCUAAACAAGCUGCGUAAGGCACGCCAACUUUGUGACCAAAUCCUGGUCAUCGGUGCUCACGAGGUCCCUGUUCACAGGGCGGUGUUGGCCACAGCAAGUGGCUACCUGCUCGACUUGUUCCUAAAGCUUGAGGAGGAAGGUCCAGCACCACAGAAUGGCAUGUGUACCUGUAAACUGAAGGAGAUUGACUAUGAAAGCUUUAUAUAUCUGCUAGACUAUGCAUACACUUCCAGACUUGAAGUUCCUGGAGAGCAUGUGCGAUCCGUGUAUCGGGCAGCCAUCCAACUGAAAAUGCCAGCUGCGGCCCGAGCCUGCUCGCAAUUCUUGGCCGCUAAUAUGUCGUCUUCAAAUUGUAUAGGUGUGCGACAAUUUGCUAAAGAGGCGGAGCUAAAACAAACAGCUGAUGAAUACAUACGGAACAACAUCAACGAGGUCACUGUCAGUAAAAACUUCUACGGUCUACCAAGGGUAGCAGUGGUUAUCAUAGGUGCCGACUCUGAGCUGGUGGAAUCAAGUGAUGAUAGACACAUGUUUAACUUGGUGCUUAGUUGGGCAAAGGAAAAUGUAGACCAGGAGAAUCCUCGUCUAGAGUACCUCACAGAACAGACCAAUAUACUCUACCUGAACUCUGACAACACACUGACAGACACAAAAAACAUCUCAGAUGACCGAAGAAAAGACGAUCUGGUUCGAGAUUACACACAGAAAACCAAAAAUAGGAAGAACCUGACCCCAAGUAAGGAGCCAGGAAACAAGCUGCAGGUCAGCCCAGGAGGUACAGUAGUUCGCAAGUUUAGCAUCAAUCCUGAUGGACUCAUCACGGAAAAGGAAUGGAGUAUCAUAGCAACCUACCAGCUGAAGGAUAAGACAUACUUGGCCAUCGCUAUGCUGAAUGGGACCUUGGCAACCAUUUCCAUCCACUACCGUACAGGCAAGUCCAACUCGGGAAGUGGAUCAGACGAGCCGGAUUCUCCUGACAGUGUGACCCCAAAACUCCCAGUCAUGACCUGACUGCCUGUUUGAGCGACAUGCCUCACUUACUCCCCUUGCCAGCAUGAGCAGUGCAAGGUGUGGCUUUGGUAUUUGUGUGGCCAACGACAGAAUCAUUGCCUGUGGUGGCUAUGACCGAGGAGAAUGUCUGCAGUCUGUGGAAGCCUACAACAUAAAGACCAAUAAAUGGACCCCUUGUCCUAACAUGCCUGAUCCAAGGGGACGCUUUUCUGUGGAACAGAUCGACAAUAUGAUAUAUGCAAUCGGGGGAUCAGAUGGACAUGGAUGCC